CAAUGACCGGAUAAGUUGUGAGAGAUGCAGUGGGGGUUCCCCUUGCUGUCAAUGCCAAUCCAGAUUCCGAGGGCUAGGGUACAAUGGAGCUACAGAGUCAAGAAGCGGAGUUGGAAUCACAGAUUGACACAUACAAAUCUCAGAUGUUGCUGGUGGAACAGCAAAUGACCCGAGAUGGAGUGGACACUGACAGUAUGUUAGAGCUCUGCAAGGAUCUCAAGCAGCUCAUCGAGCUAACCGAAGAGAGUUUAUUGGAAGUGAAGAAGCAGAAAUUACUGUUAAUGCUCCACAGUGACUCAGGUAACCCCUCCUCUCAACCAGCCCCUGCUCAGCAGGACGUACAGUCAGGGGAGGGGAGUGGUCAGAGGGACGUACAGUCAGGGGAGGGGAGUGGUCAGAGGGACGUACAGUCAGAGGACGUUAUUGCAGAGGAAGAGCUACAUGGGAUGAAGUGCAGAGCUCCUGUGAGGGAGUCAUGGGGUGCUGUGAGCUACCACAAUGCCAUGAUAAUGUGCAAGGAGUCCAGUGAUGGAGAAACUGGUGACUUUGAGGUUCGAGUUCUCUUCACACAGCCGCUGUAUGCAGCCAUGAAGCCCUGCCCAUUCUUCUUAGAGGGCAGCUGUAAGUUUACAGAGGAGACAUGCAAGUUCUCUCACGGUCAUACAGUGCUACUCUCUGAGCUACAACCCUACCAAGAGCCAGCAUUUGAACUGGCUCGAGUUGGAGGGAAUUGCCUUGGCAAGCACACUGAUGACCUCUGGUACCCUGCCAUAAUAAGCUCACUGGGAGAGACGGUGGAGGUACAUUUCAACACACUCAAUGUUACUGCUCAACUGGAGUUGGAUCAUGUGAUGCCACAAGAAGAUUCACCUGAUGAGAGUGAUGUGUCUGGUGCAUCCAGUGAUGAUGAGGAAGGAGUGAGGGUCUUGGAGGGGUGGCCCCUCUCGUUAGCUGCUAAUGGACCACUGGGAGACUGGGAGAAAUAUACCAAGGGAGUGGGCUCUAAGCUACUCAAGAAGAUGGGAUAUAUUCAUGGACAAGGACUUGGGAAGGGUGGCCAGGGACGAGUGGCUCCAGUAGAGAUCAUCAUCCUGCCGUCUGGCAAGUCAUUGGACGCCUGUGCAGAGAUACGUGAGAAGAAGCAGGCCGAGUCAGGGAAGAGAAGGAAGAGGACCAAAGGAGUUAAACACACAGCUAAAGAUGAGGGGCAGGUUGAAGAGUCUGCAGAUAUGUUUCAGUUUCUUAACACCAGGAUAUUCAAGAAAAAAAAGGCACCCAGUCAACUGCAGAUGGCUAAAGAGAAGUAUGGAGCAUCAAGCACAAAGAAGGACAAUGACAACGUUAAUGUCAAGCUGUUUAAAGUGCAAGAAGACAUCAAUUUGAUGAAGAAACGAAAGCACUCACUGAGGGAGUCACUGUCGAGACACAAAGGAAAAAAUAAGACGAUGGAAACACAAGUACUUGAGAAGCUCACACAAACAGACAGAGAGAUAGCUCAACUGAUCAGAGAGGAACAGACUUUACUCAAGAGAAUAUCCUCAAAGUCAGAACAUAAGAAACUGUCAGUGUUCUAGUUACUCUUCAUGUCUAACCAUCGUGUCUGUUUUUUCCGUUCUUGGGUGUUUAUGGCGAAUUAUAUCUGGGUUAUAUGUCAAAGUCAUAUUUUAAAUUGUCACA